AUGUUGCUGCAGGUUGGAAGGCCUGUAAUCUAUGGCCUUGCAGCAAAAGGAGAACGCGGCGUGAGACAGGUUAUCGAAAUGCUGAAAGAUGAGUUUGAGCUCACUAUGGCCCUCUGUGGCUGCCCUGGUGUUAUGGAUAUUACCAGGAGCCAUGUGAGAACAGAAUGUGAUAAACUCCACUCCAUGCUUUAA